AUGAUCUGGUAUGGCCGCUACAUAGAUGAUAUUCUUAUCAUCUGGAGUUCCGAUGUGGCGGCCAUACCGGAUUUCUGCACGUACAUCAAUGAGAAUUCUCUUAACUUGAGGUUCACUCUUAAUCAUGAGGUGUCCAUGGUUAGUUUUCUUGACUUGCAUUUGAUGGGUGACAAUGAGGGAUGCUGUGUGAAAACUGCUACAUUUCGUAAAAAAACUGCAGUAAAUUCAAUAUUACACGCGUCCUCGUGCCACCCAUCACAUGUAACUCGUAACUUGCCCACGGGUGAGAUGGUGAGAGCCCGCAGAAACUGCUCGGCCGACCCAGAUUUUAGACGGGAGAUAUGUGAAAUUUCUUCCCGUCUCCAAGCCCGUGGGUACCAGUCUCGGGACAUAGAGAGGGGCAUUAAUAUUGCCUCGAAUAAAAAUAGGGCGCUGUUGAUCUCUCCCUCCUACAAUAAGACACAAGGUACCCAGAAGACCCCCGAUUCCCCGGUGGUCUUCUGCACCAAGUAUAGUCUUGAAUAUAAACGGAUCUGUAACAUCAUACACAAAUAUAUGCCCAUUGUCUUAUGUGAUCCUGCCUUUCAAGGGGUAUUCCCUACAGGAUAUAAAUGUAUAUCCAGAAGGGCCCCGACUAUCGGUCAGAGCAUUUCACCCAGUCUAUUUUCCACACAGCAGAAAUCACAACCAACCUGGUUACGCUAUAUGGGGUCCUACAGGUGUGGACACAACAGUCCUGGCUUUAAAGAAUACAGACAUAUCCUGUCAUUUAUAUUUGCCAUUAACGAUGUUAACGAUGACCCAACCAUUCUGCCAAAUAUCACCCUGGGAUAUCAUCUGUAUGAUUCAUGUAGCAAUGUGAAUAAGGUGAUAAAGGAUGUCCUGCAGAUAAUGUCUGGACACUCAGUAACAGCUCCCAACUAUUCAUGUAUGGAGCAUGGGACAUUAGCCGGUUAUAUUGGGGACCUUCAGUCUGCCACCACUCUACCAAUGGCCCAGUUGGUAGGGAUGUUUGGAUAUACACAGGUUAGUUAUGGGGCAAGAGACUCUGCACUCAGUGACAGAAGAUUAUAUCCACAUUUCUUUCGUAUGGUUCAGAAUAAUGAAGUGCAAUAUGCGGCUUUAGUGAAGUUGCUGAUGUAUUUUAAGUGGAAUAUGGUUUGUAUCUUUACUACAGAUGACGAUAUUGGAGAACGGGAUCUUCGCCUCCUUAGCGCAGAGCUGAAAAAAUCUGGAAUGUGUAUUGAACUAACUCAUAUACUAACGAAUGAUCUAAAGAAUACUCUAUUACAGUCUACUUUUUCUGUUCCUCUUCAUGAGUGCACGGGUGAGGAACGUUUUACUAAUCUCACCCACUAUUUUGUGGAUGGAAUACCACACGGAGUGAAUACAGCUGUACGAAUGAUAGCCCACGCAUUGGAUGAUAUGCAUAAAGCCUUACUAAGGAGUGGAAAAUAUAACGAAGAAAAUGGGAUUCAUUUAUACCGAAAGAAGCAAAUGCUAAAGAUGAUUAAAGAAGGAGGGAUGGAGGAGAGUUCCCAUAUGCCUGGCAGCAGGAUGGAUGUUCUUCUUGAGAAGGAGGACUUGGAUGAGGAGUUGAGACAUUACAUGAAGUUGAUGUGUAUCUAUGAUCCAGAGGCAGGAAGAUUGUGUUUUAACAAUAAAGGUGAAAUCCCUGAACAUUUAGAGAUUCUAAAUUGUAUAACUAAAAUACAAUACAACGGAAAAAAGAAACUUAUACAAGGAUUCACAUUAGAUGUUGGUGCAUUCGAUGAAACACUUCCACCAGAUCAGCAACUUAAUAUUUCAUCUUUAAAUAUUAAGUGGAAUAAUAAUAAGAUACCUUAUAGCCGAUGCUCAGAAAAAUGUUUUCCGGGCUUCAGAAAAGCUGUGAUAGAAGGAAAUCACAUUUGCUGUUACGACUGCAUCGCGUGUUCUGAAGGAGAAAUUUCUAAUAUUUACGAUGCUGAAAACUGUGAGAAGUGUUUUAGCACUGAAUGGCCAAAUGAGACAAGAGACAAGUGUAUUCCUAAAAUUAUUGAAUUUCUCUCUUAUGAAACUGAUGUUGUAGCUUAUGUUUUCUUGUUAUUUUCUAUAUUAUCUUCCAUUGUGGUCUUAAUUAUAAUCAUAAUUUUUAUAUUUUUCCGGAAUACUCCUGUUGUCAGAGCUAAUAACCGUAACCUCAGCUUCAUCUUGCUUGUUUCCCUCAAGCUUAGUUUCCUUUGCAUAUUCCUGUAUAUUGGUAAACCAGAGGACACAACCUGUAUGUUCCGUCACAUCUCCUUUGGAAUCAUCUUCACUGUUGUGUUGUCAUCUAUCUUGGCCAAGACUAUCAUGGUUUGUAUUGCUUUCAAGGCCACCACACCUGGCAGCUACUGGAGACAAUGGAUUGGUGUUAGACUCCCCAAUGCUAUAGUGUUGGUCUUCUCAUCUCUUCAGGUCCUGAAUGGAAUACUUUGGUUGUCAUUUUCUCCUCCAUUCCAGGAGGAAGACAUGGACUCAUAUCCAGGGAAAAUCAUCAUUCAGUGUAAUGAGGGUUCAAGACUGGCCUUUUAUUUCAUGUUGGGUUACAUGGGGUUUCUGGCGGCUGUGAGUUUUGUUCUAGCUUUUAUGGUGAGGACAUUACCUGAUAUGUAUAAUGAAGCCAAGUACAUCACCUUCAGCAUGCUGGUGUUCUGCAGUGUCUGGAUCGGUGCCAUCCCGGCCUAUCUGAGCAGUAAGGGGAAAAGUAUGGUUAGUGUAGAAGUGUUUGCUAUAUUGGCUUCAGGUAAUGGGAUAUUGUUUUGUAUAUUUUUACCUAAGCUGUGGAAUUUACUGACAAAACCAGAACUGAACACUAGACGUUUAUUAGUAAAAUAAAUGAUAUUGACAUAAGGGGGUCAAUAAACUUGACUACCCUUAUUUUA